AUGGACAAUAAUCGGUUGGGGCUGGGACGAGGAAACGAGACGGAUCGGCUGGCAUUGCUUUCCAUUAAAGCUCAAAUACACCAAGAUCCUGAUCGGCCGGUCAUGAGCUCGUGGAAUGAGUCCACUCAUUUUUGCAUGUGGUAUGGUGUCACCUGUAGCCGACGCCAUCUUCAGAGGGUCACUAAGUUGGACCUUGGCUCCCUGAAGUUGUCCGGGUCCAUAUCUCCUCACAUAGGAAACUUGAGCUUCCUAAGGGAUCUACGCCUCUAUAACAAUAGCCUCACCAACAAAAUUCCUCUAGAAAUUGGGCAGUUGCAGAGGUUGCGGAUAUUAGGACUACAAAACAACUCACUCAGCGGUCUUAUCCCUGCCAAUAUACACAAAUGCUUCAACCUCAUUAUUCUUGAUGUUAGUUACAACAUGCUGGUAGGUAACAUUCCUCCAGAAGUCAGUUCUUUGUCUAAGCUUAAGCAUCUACGUUUGACAGUUAAUAAUUUAACAGGAUACAUACCUCCUCCUUUAGGUAACCUUUCUAGUCUUGAAACAUUUGCUGCACGUGCGAAUAACUUGGUGGGCGGUAUUCCUAGUUCUCUAGGCCAACUGACAAAAUUAUCAUAUUUUGCAUUAGAGUCAAAUAGGUUGUCUGGUACCAUCCCUCCCUCCAUCUAUAACAUCUCUAGUCUCCUUACUUUUGCCAUAGCAAUCAACCAGUUUCAAGGGGGCAUGUCCCCAUCCUUAUUCAGAAACCUCCCGAAUCUCCAAAUUUUUAGCAUUUACCUUAAUCAGUUUACCGGAUCACUUCCUCUCUCAAUAAGCAAUGCUACUAAUUUGGAGAUUUUGCAAGUUAGUGAUAACAAAUUAACAGGGCAAGUGCCGAAUUCACAAAAGCUUCGUAACCUUAGGAGGUUAAACAUUGCUCGUAAUCAUCUCGGAAGUGGCGGUGAUGGGGACUCAAGAUUUAUAUCAGACUUGACCAAUGCCACGAAGUUGGACCGGCUGCAAAUAGGAUACAACAACUUCGGAGGGACGUUGCCCGCAUCAAUAUCUAAUCUCUCAACCCUUUCAAAACUACAUGUCUAUAGCAACCAAUUACACGGAAGCAUCCCUGCAGGGAUAGGGAAUCUGGUCAACAUGCAAAAAGUGUAUUUGGGUGAUAACAUGUUCACAGGUAACAUUCCCACUGACAUCGGAAAGCUUUCAGGUCUUGGGAUAUUGAGAUUUGAUAACAACAGAUUAUCCGGGAGCCUCCCAUCCUCUCUAGGAAAUUUGACAACGUUAGUUCGACUCGAAUUGCAAAGAAAUACUUUUAGUGGCACCAUUCCUGCAAGCCUUGGGGAAUGCCAUUCGUUGCUGUGGUUGGAUCUUUCUGGCAAUUACUUUACUGGCGAGAUUCCUCCACAAGUUAUUGGGCUUCAAUCCUUAUCAAUAUAUUUGUACUUGUCCGAAAAUCGUCUCAGUGGUUCUCUUCCCUUGGAGGUAGGAAAGUUGACAAAUCUAGGUCAUUUUGAUGUCUCUUACAAUAAGUUAUCAGGAAAUCUUCCUAGCAGCCUUGGUAGUUGCCAGAGUUUAGAGGUCCUGCUCUUGCAAGGAAACUUCUUUGACGGCCCCCUUCCUUCCGCUAUGGCCUCCUUGAGAGGGAUUCAAGAGUUAGACUUUUCACACAACAAUCUUUCCGGCUUGAUUCCUGAAUUCCUGGCGGGGUUAGGAGGCUUGAAACAACUUAACUUGUCUUUCAAUAACUUUUGGGGUGAAGUGCCAGUUAAAGGUGUCUUUAACAAUGCAAGUGCCACUUCAGUUGUCGGUAACACUAGGCUUUGCGGAGGCAUUUUUGAUCUCCACCUUCCAAAGUGCAAGUCUAAGCAAUCAUGGUCUCGUAACUUGAAACUGACAAUCUCAUUAGUCUCCGCAGUCACUGUUCUUGGAGUAGCUAUGCUGUUGACAUUUCUCUUUCUUUGUUUCUUGAAAAAGAGAAGCAAAGAAACUCCAUCAAGCACAUUGGCGAACUUUGUUUUACAAGUGUCGUUUAGUGCUCUCUUGAAAGCUACUGAUGGCUUCUCUACAUCAAAUUUGAUUGGUGCUGGUAGUUUUGGUUCUGUAUACAAAGGAAUUCUCGGCGAAGAUGGAGCUCAGCUUGUUGCUGUGAAGGUGUUUAACAUGUUACGCCAAGGAGCAUCCAAGAGUUUUCUGGCAGAAUGUGAGGCACUCAGAAAUACCAAACAUCGCAAUCUAGUCCCGAUUAUAACUGCAUGUUCUAGUGUGGACUUUCAUGGAAAUGAUUUCAAGGCUUUGGUUUAUAAGUUCAUGGAGAAUGGGAGCUUAGAAGAGUGGCUGCAUCAUCCAACUACAGGGACAGAAGAAGCACCAAAGAACUUAAGUCUUGUUCAGAGGCUAGACAUUGCCAUUGACGUUGCUUAUGCAGUGGAUUAUCUUCAUAAUCAUUGCGAAACACCAAUGGUUCAUUGUGAUCUCAAGCCGAGCAAUGUUCUUUUGGACAAUGACUUUAUUGGACAUGUUGGUGACUUAGGAUUAGCUAGAAUCCUCUCAAGACUAGCCGAUAACGUUUCAGCUAAUCAAUCAAGUUUCUUUGGAAUAAGAGGGACUGUUGGUUACGCUGCUCCAGGUAGGUAG